CACGCCAUCCUAUGUGCGCGGUGGGUGAACUAAAUAUACAGCGUGCAGCAGUUCACAAGGUGUAACCAGCCAGCACACGUACAAUGUCAGCUACCAUGUUUGCGAGGCCGGGUGACGCCUACAACAUACAGUUUACAAUUAAUGGCGAGAAGCAUGUUGUGUAUGAUAAGUAUCCACCCACCACAUCACUAAAUGAUUACAUCAGAGAUGUUGCUGGACUUAAGGGGACGAAAAUCAUGUGCAAGGAGGCCGGAUGUGGAUGUUGUGCAGUGACCGUGACCUACGCCCCAGGGGGAGAUAAGGCAGAGACCAUGAGCAUUAACUCCUGUCUCUGCCCCCUGUACAGUGUAGACGGCUGGCAGAUCACCACUGUUGAAGGUAUAGGCAGUCAAAAAGAUGGAUUCCACCCAAUCCAGGAGAGGAUUGCCCAGCAUAACGGUACUCAGUGUGGCUACUGUACUCCUGGUUUUGUCAUGUCCAUGUAUGGACUACUCCACCAGAAGCCCCAGCUGAGCCAGCAGGAGAUAGAAGACUCAUUUGAUGGUCACGUGUGCAGGUGUACAGGCUACAGGUCAAUCCUGGACGCCAUGAAGUCUUUUGCUACAGACUCCACUAUUCCUGGAGCCAAGUGUGUCGACAUUGAGGAUCUUAAUAAACGUCUGUGUCCCAAAACUGGAGAGGUUUGCAAAGGGAAGCAAGAAGGAUGUUCUCAUGGCUUAUCCCUUGACUUGCAUGAAAGCAAAUGGUACAGACCAAACAACCUGCAAGAGCUUGGGAAACUUCUCAUAGAAAAUAGCACCAGGAGCACAAAACUUUUGUUUGGCAACACAUCUGCAGGAAUAUUUAAGAAUGAAGGACCCUAUCAGGUUUAUAUUGAUCUUCAUGGGGUGAAGGAGCUCUACCUGUUUACAGAAAACACAGACAGUGUUGUGUUUGGUGGCAACACCACACUCUCUAAGCUGAAGGACCAUCUGAAGGAGCUGCAACACAAGGCUGGCUUCUCCUACUUCACUGCAGUCAUUCGUCAUCUCAAAGUCAUUGCCAGUGUGCUGGUUAGAAAUGCUGGUUGCAUUGCAGGAAAUUUAAUGAUAAAGAAAAACCAUCCUGAUUUUCCAUCAGAUCUUUUCACUUUGACCGAAGCCAUGGAAGCCAUUGUUGGUAUCUUUGAUGCUAAAGAUGGCAGCACAAAAAAAUACAACCUGUUGGACUUCCUACACAAAGUGGACAUGAAGCAAAAAGUCAUAGCUUUUCUUCAACUCCCAAGCUUCAAACAGUCUGAAGUCUUCCGUUCUUUUAAAAUUACUCCAAGAUGGCAGAAUGCUCAUGCAUAUGUAAACGCUGCAUUUAAGCUUGGAGUUGAGGGGAAAAUGGUAACAGGAACUCCAUCUUUUGUUUAUGGAGGUAUCAGCAAAAAAUUGAUUCAUGCUUCUAAAGCAGAAGCGUUUAUUAAAGGGAAGCAACUCGAUGACAAAGUUAUUUCAGAAACAUUGAAGGUUUUAUCUGCUGAGCUGAUUCCAGCAGAAGAUGAUCCACUUGCUGCGUCUGCUAAAUACAGACAUGACCUGGCUGUCAAUCUCCUCUAUAAAACACUUUUAGAGGUCUACAAACCAUCAGAUCUGAGAGUUCAAAGUGGAGCUGACAGUUUGGACAGGACUUUGUCCUUUGGGCUACAAACUUUCCAAGAGAAAGCAGAGGAGUUCCCUAUCAAGCAAGCCCUAUCUAAAUUGGAAGCACCUUUACAGACAUCUGGUGAAACUGUUUACACCAAUGAUAUUCCAAGUUUCCGCAGAGAACUUUGUGCAGCUUUUGUAAUUUCUACAGUAGGAUCAGCCACACUUGAACAUGUAGACCCAUCUGAAGCUUUGGCAAUCCCUGGAGUUGUGAGCUACAUCAGUGCUGCUGAUAUUCCAGAGGGAGGCAAGAACAAUUUCAUAGACUGUUCGAUUUUUCCUGAAGCUGCCCCAGAAGAAGUUUUCAUCACAAAAGAAGUCUCUUAUGCCGGCCAAGCCAUUGGACUAAUUCUAGCUGAGAGACAGAGCAUUGCUGAUGAGGCAGCUAAGAAGGUGAAGGUCACCUAUACAAAUGUUCAGGAACCAGUGACAGAACUAGAAGAAGCCAUUGAGAAAAAAAUGUUCCAUGAGGGAACAAGAGAGGAAAAAGUUAUUGGCAGUCCAGAUGAUGCUUUCAAAGACUCAGAUAUUGUUGUGUCAGGUGAAAUCAAAGAAGGCUCACAGUAUCACUUCUACAUAGAAAAUCCGGUGUCUGUAGCAGUUCCAUCUGAAGAUGGUAUUGACCUUUAUGCUGCUACACAAUGGGCAGCCCAUACCCAUAGAGCUGCAACUAAUAUAAUAGGCAAGCCAUUCAAUUAG